AUGAUGAAUAAAAAUGAUAUAACCAUUGAUGAGAAUAAUAAAUACAUUUUCCGAGCUUCUAGUUUUUAUAAUAAAGAUGGUUUAUUAAUAAAAAGUUAUUCAUGGGAAGUUAGGGAACCUUUAGGUAUCAUAAUAUUAGUACAUGGGUUAGCUUCUCAUAUAAGAUUUGGUUUUUUAAAACAAAAUGCAAAGAUUGUAAAUAAUGAUCAUGCUGUUUUAAUUGAUGGAGAUAAUUAUUAUAUAUAUGAAGGUAGUUGGAUUGAAAAAUUGAACAAAAAUGGUUAUUCUGUAUAUGGUUUGGAUUUACAAGGUCAUGGAGAAUCUGAUGGAUAUCAGAAUUUAAAAUUACAUAUUAAAGAUUAUGAUGAUUAUAUAUAUGAUUUAAUAGAUUUUAUUAAAAGUGUUUAUGAAUCAAUCAUUUCGAAAAAAGAAAAAAAACAAAUGUAUAUAAGAGAUAACGAUAUUAUAGAAACAGUUCCUAUAUAUUUAGUAGGUUAUUCAAUGGGAGCAAAUAUAAUUUUAAGAGCCUUACAAUUAUUAAAUAAAUCAAAUGAUAAUCUUAUUAGCAAGUUAAAUAUAAAAGCAUUUAUUUCUUUAGCUGGAAUGAUAUCUAUUAAGAAUAUUGGAUCCAUUGAUUCAUUAAAAUAUAAAUAUCUCUUUUUACCAAUAAUAAAAAUGUUAUCUUAUGUAUGUCCAACUUAUAGAUUACGUAAGAAACAUAGUGGUUUCAAAAGAUUUCCAUAUAUUAAUGAUCUUAUGAAUUUUGAUAAAUUAAGAUAUAAAAAAGGUAUGACAAAUAAACUUGCAUAUGAAGUAAUAAAAUCAGUGUAUAUCUUAAAAAAAUAUAUAAAUGAUAUUCCUCAGAAUGUUCCUAUAUUAUUUAUACAUUCAAGACACGAUUCGGUUUGUGCAUAUGAGGAAGUUUUAUCAUUUUAUAAUAAUUUAUAUAAUACUAAUAAAGAAAUUUAUACAUUAGAAAAUAUGGAUCAUGUUGUAACAUUAGAGCCAGAAAAUGAACAAGCUCUAAAUAAAAUGUUAACUUGGAUAAAAAAAUGUGAAUGA